AAACCAGCAAAUUAAAACCAAACCCAGCCCAGCCCAAAUACGCAAACCUCAAAACUUGAAAUCCCAAAACCUUCUUCACUGUUCUCCUUCGACCGAACACCCAGAAAAGGACCCCUAAACCACGCCGGCCGGCCGCCGCCCCAUCCCGCGUAACGCAAUUCUCAGCUGUCGCAGCCUCGGAAGUCCUCUUCUCCAUCUCUUCGAGCUUUUCGGAUCGACGUGAGCUCUCAUCGCAGCCUUGGAAGUCCUCUUGUAUUGUAAUUUCUAUCUAUUAAAUUGGGGAUAGUGCUGUUUUCGUUGAACCGAACUCAAACUGAACCAUCUGCGAUUCUCGUGUUGCCUGCGCCAAGCUCUCAUCUUCCCCUCCUUUCUCGGCACAGGCCCAAUCACCCAGAGUUGCUGGGGCUUGGGAUUGCAAUAUUGCUUUAGGGUUUGCUGUUCCAAAAAAGUAUAGUUUCGCUUAUAUUCCUUCCAAGUUCAUCUUAUUCAAUUAGAGAAGUUGAUAUCUUUCGUUCUUCUAAUCUGAAUAUGGCAGAUUCAGGUGAAUCUCAACAGUCUGAACCAGUGUGUAAUUUUUUCAGAAAGCCUUUGAAGAACAAGAACAUUAGAAAGAGAACAAUUGAGGAAGAUGAAGACGAGGAUUCAAAAACUGAAAGCUCCUUGCUGCAAAAUCGGAAAAAAGCCCCAAAACCUGAUAAUAAGUUGUUCUUUUCUACUGGAUCUUCCAAAAGCUCAAUGUCCACUGAAUCUACUGUUGAAUCUAAUCAAUCAGUCUUUCAAUUUGAGUCUUCAAAGGAAAUUCAAGUUCAUCAUGAUAGUAGAGCAACAGCGACUUUAGAAACUGAGACAGAAUUCUCAAAAGAUGCUCGUGCAAUUCGUGAGAGGGCUCUUAAGCAAGCAGAGGAGGCAUUGAAGGGUAAAAAUCCAAGCUCUGAUAAUGAGAAGGUGUAUAGAGGAGUUCAUGGGUAUACUGAUCAUAAAGCUGGUUUUCGAAGAGAGCAAACAAUUUCAAGUGAAAAAGCAGGUGGAGCUCAUGGUCCUCUUAGGGCCUCUGCUCACAUUAGGGUGUCAGCGAGAUUUGAUUAUCAGCCAGACAUUUGCAAGGAUUACAAAGAAACUGGUUACUGUGGGUAUGGAGAUGCAUGUAAAUUUAUGCAUGAUCGAGGGGACUAUAAGCCUGGUUGGCAGCUGGAGAAGGAGUGGGAAGAGGCAGAAAAGAUAAGGAAGAGAAACUUAGCUUUGGGGGAGGAUGGUGGUGGUGUAGAACAAAGUGAUGAAGAAGAUGAUGAUGAUGAUUCAUUGCCAUUUGCGUGUUUCAUUUGUCGGCAGCCAUUUGUGGAUCCUGUUGUGACUAAAUGCAAGCACUACUUCUGUGAGCAUUGUGCUUUGAAGCACCAUGCAAAGAACAAGAAAUGUUUUGUGUGCAACCAACCUACACUAGGCAUUUUCAACACAGCUCAUGAAAUACGCAAAAAGAUGGCUGCUGAGGGUAAAUGAUUCAUUUUCUGAUUCGAGAUCAUGAAGGCAUGAACAGGUGUUAAUGUAUUUCUAGGUAAUUCUGUAUUCAUAGGUUAAUGUUGAAGAGGAAGUUUAUUUUUCAGAAUUCUUUAAUGCAGCACUGCUCAUUAGAAACAGCCACCACCAGAGUGUGGUUUUUUGUGUUUAACCUAUAAAUUAACUAUGGCUGUGGCAAACUGUAAUGAUUGGAUUAAUUAUCCUAAUUUGAAAGAUAUACUUGUAAAUA